AAAAAAUAAAAUCCAAUCGAACUCGGGAGUGCGACAGUGCAAGAGGAGGAGAUUACUACUGCUGCUGGCAUUAUACCACGUUGUUCGCUGCAAUGGCCGAUUUGGACGAUUUUUUCGCGAAAAAAGACCGCAAAAAGUCGAAAACUACGAAGAAAUUUGCCACCCCGGAAGAAGUGGCCAAGUCGUUUGAGGACGCCGCUGCGAAGAAAACAGCAGAGUCGAAAAUCCGGAAGGUGACCCCGACCAAUCCCGAAGGAAAUGAACAAAAGAAACCCGAGCAAGCAGAAGAAGAGUGGAAAGAAUUCGAGGAGGAACGCAAAGAUUACAGCGGCCUAAAGUUGACCCAGUUGACCAUCUCGGAACAGGAAGGCGGUAACUAUGUUGGUGAAGAGGGUGGUGGUUCGAUGGGAGAAAACGAUGGUGAAGGAGGCGAAGCCGGCAGUGGAAAUAGCAAGUCAGGAGCAUGGAGAAAUGUGGACUCGUCCGAUUCGGCUGAAAAACAACAGCAGCAGCAGCAGCAACAACAACAACAACAACAGCAACGAGCUGCUUCCACUGUGUACGUAGCGCCAGCGAUGAAAAAUUUGCGCCUGAAGGGAAAGAAGGGAGUCGCACCGGAUCUGAAGAACGAAGAUUUUUUCCCUACCCUUGGUGCGGAACAACCGGCGGACGGAGCACGGGGUAAAAAAGAUUCCACAUUCGAAGAGGUGAAACACGGUGGACGCGUUCGGGCGUCGGAUCUUCCGUCGGCUCAACCACUCCAGGUAGGAAACAGAUUCACCUCGUUGAGCAACGAUGCGAGCUAGAGUCUGGCAGCGGGAAUGCCAUCGCACCGGAGGAAAUUGGCCGGCGACCUGUCCGGUUAGCAUCCUAGGUUUUGUAUUGUUUAAUUCUUUUUUUUUUCUAUUAAUUUCUAAAUUGAAACCUGCCCCGUAUAUGUGCUCUACCUAUUUACAACAGACUGCUCACUACACAGAUAUAAGGGGAAACAGACUAAGAAUUUCUUUUUCGGUUGUCGUUGCUCCGGGAUGGAUUGUUCCGCCUCAAACCGUGGUAUUGAACGGCUUACGGUUUUAGUAAUAUUUCGAAUUGGUAUUUAGGCACUCCUUAUCCUGUUCGGGAUAAUCUCUUCCGGAGCAGCGACGACCCGGGAACGCAGUGUUUUAACUAUUCAAUAUUUGGUUAAUGUAAUCCCUCAAUUCAAAUCUGCUGUAGUCCAAAACGAAACACAUACACAAACAGUUUGCUACAGCAUGCUUCCCCUGGAGGAAGGUACUGGGUUUACUGAACAAAAAAAAAACUCCGUUACUUCUUUCUCUACUUUCCGCGAAAGCUGCGUUGAUUUUGUAAUCAAUAAAGGAGGUAAUAAAACUGAA